UUAUACUCCUAUGCAAUUCACUCUCCCCAGAAAAAGCUCAAAGAAAUAAAUCUAUCAAAUUCCAGGGAUUCCAAAUUCACUUCAUCUUCUGCAAAUCAUCCAAUCUGUUCGUCAUAACUAUUAAAUGUAGGAUUGCCAUGGCUAGAAUUUCAUCAUUAUUUUCACAUUUAGGCCGCCGCCAAAACCCUACUUCAUCUCACAGCAUCACACCCCAAAUCCGAAAUCGAAACCUCUGCACUGACAAAUCUAGCGCAAAUUCUGAAGAUGUGUUGCAUGAUCAUACAAACCCAAUUGAGGAUCGAAUGCUUGGAAUUAGUGGGGCAAACGCAAUUUCUGAGGAACUAAUGUUAAAGCCUCCAAAUCUAGGUCAAAAGCUUGCUGAAAAUCGAGUAACGAAUGUUAGUGAGAUUACAAAGGAGGUUUGGAAUGUUAUCAGGACGCAUCCUAAAUGGAAGACCACGAUUUUAAGUGAUUUUCCAAUGGCCAAUUUUACGGACCCCAGUGUUUGCUGUGAGAUUUUGAGACAGCAGAGUGAUUUGUUUCUGUCAUUGCAGUUCUAUUUAUGGCAUAGGUCACUAGAUGGUUUCUCGUUUGACCCCAUUUUAUGUAAUGAGAUGUUUGAUAAGCUCGUCGAGGCAAAAGAUGUUGCCAAAAAAUUUCUUAAUGAUGGGGAGUUUGAGGUAGAGCCUUGGUUUCUAGAGUUGUAUACAAGGUCCCUCUGUGAAAAUGAUUCGAUUGAUCAAGUGCUUAAUGUUUUUGAGCGGUUGAAGAAGAUUGGUUACUGUGUGUCUUUGGAAACAUGGAAUUGGGCUUUGUCUUGCUCUGUGAGAAUGGGAAGAGCUGAUGCUGUUUGGAAGUUGCACGAAGAUAUGGUAAAAUAUGGUGUUGCCUCAGAUGUGAAUACCAUGGGAUUCUUGAUUCAGGCAUUUUGUUUGGAAAAUAAUGUUUUGAAAGGGUAUGAACUUCUUCACCAGGUGUUGAAGGCUGGGCAUGUUCCGGUUAAAGUUGUUUUCGAUAACCUGAUAUCUGCUCUGGGGAAGAAUGGUAAGUAUAGUGAAGUAUCAGCUGUUAUGCGCAAGAUGAUUGUAAACAAUUGUUACCCCGAUAUUCACACUUAUCAUGAGGUUAUAAGAUAUUGCAGAGGAGAAAUGACUAAUGAAGGGGUACAGAUCUUUAAUGAGUUGAAGAAAAGGGGUUAUUUUCCUAAUAGAGCCAUGUACACGACUUUGAUUGACAAUCUUUGUCAAAACAAGGAUGUACAAGGUGCAUGGCGACUGUGGUUUGAGAUGAUUCAAGGUGGGAUUAUUCCUAACGAGUUUACAUACAAUGUUUUUGUUAAUGGUUUGUUCCGGAAUGGUUGUGUUGAUGAAGCUGAGAAGCUUCAUAAUGAGAUGCUUGGCAAAGGUUUACCAGAGACCACAAUAAUUUUUAACACCAGGAUACAUGGUCUAUGCAUUAACAGUAGAGCGGAAGAAGCUCGAGUACUGUUUGAGGAGAUGAAUAAGAAGGAUAUUAUUAGGGAUUCUAUGACAUUUAAUUCCAUGAUUCAAGGCUAUGCUAAGCAAGGGAAUACAUCAGAGGCUAUGUACUUUUUAGACGAACUUCAGAAGCAGGGUUUUGAGCCUUCAUCUGCCUCAUUAGCCUCGUUGAUAGAAACCCUCUGUGAUGAUGGAUAUGUAAAGGAAGCCGAAAGAAUAUGGUUAGACAUGUCCGAGAAGGGCUUUAAUCCCGGGGAUGAUGCUCUGAGUCCAAUCGUAUAUGGGCUGAGCAAACAAGGACAGAUUGCUGAAAUGAACAAGUGGUUGCAGUAUAUGAUUCAAAGUCGAGUCAAACCAAAGAUGCCAACUUUUGAGAAACUCAUUGAAUGUCUCUGUGGAGCUUAUAAACUAGAUGAUGCUUUAUUUGUUUUACACUACAUGGUGGAGAUGGGUUAUCUGCUCAGGGAAAAUAUUUGCUAUUCUCUGGUGCAUGCACUUUGCAGAGUCAAUUCUCACCAUGUGCAAACAUUGUUAUUGAAAAUUGUAGAUGGAACUGAUCAGCAGUCUAUGCUCAACGAGCCAGUCUCACAAUCAGAUUGGCUUAUACCAUGCGCCGACGAUCAUAUACAUGGAUCUCCCGUAUCAUCUCUUAUCGGUCAGUCAGCCCUCUCAUGAGAACAUAGAUCUAUCUAUGUUCAACCAGAUGGUCUCGCAGUCAAGGCAGGCUUAUACUGAAGCCCCUGGGCUAUAAUCUUAGCUCAUGAUGUGAAGAUUGCAUGUCCUGGACUAAAAUCCAGGUGAUAAUGACGAAAUCGAUGACAAAUGUGUUCUUUCGGACUAUGCAUUUUCUUUUGGAAUAUUUCUGCAUCGCGAACAAGAACAAGGGACACCAACAACUGGCAAGUUGAUGAACCAAUUUUCUGCAUCCUGGCCUGGAUAACUCCCCUCUACAUGAUUACCUGUUUCUACUGGAAACCAUCUCGAUUCUCAGAGAUAUGAUUGCAACACCAUUUUCUCUACAGUGCAGUAGUUCACUUGCCUCGGAUGUUAUAUUGUUUUCAUACCAUCUACCCGCUUUAUUUAAAUUCUCGACAUUUUGAUUGGUGAUAAAUGUAGAUUGGCAUUGUUUUAUA